UAGGUGGAAGGCGGGCGGGCAGCGGCUCGGAGGAAGCGGAAUCCGGCUCGGCAGGAAGGGCUGGCGUUAGCAGCGCCUCGGACACGCAAGGCUGGUGCCUUAAAAAGGCUCCGUGACGAGGACUAACGUUAAGCAAUCGCUGGAUGUGCGGUUAGUUACCGAAAGCAGAGGAAGCGCAUACCGACCGAGCAGGCGGAGAGCCCACGCCUAGGGCGGCAGCGGACGGCGGCUUGGUGGCUGGGCGCUGGAGGCGGCGCUCUUCGGCCGCGAUUUUUCAUAAUCCAGCCUAAUCGCCGGUUUAAUGAUCAGCACAGCGAGUUUUCGGCAUCGGGAAACUUGGGUCGGGCUUAGCUAGACAAACCUGUUGUCCAGCGGAAUCGGUGCUCGUUUUUCACUCUGAAGUUUGGAUCUGUCCGUUUUACCCGGGGGUUCCUGUUAGUACUGGAGCUGGUGGCCUCAGGUUUACUCUUAGUGUUACCGUCUUACUCACUCACUCUUAGCAGGGUUUCCUUUAUCUUGUUUCUACUCUCCACCGGGAUCCAACACCUCCAUGACCGCCGCCUUAUGAGGAGCGGCCGUCUGGUUUUCCCCGGCCGGAGAACCGGAGCCAGUUUGGUGGCAACUCCGCUUAGCGGAGACCGAGAGAGACGGAGCCGUAGCGGCGACAGGCAAGCGGGGCCGCCAACCAUGGCCGAGACGGAGGAGAAUGGCCGCCGGUCGGUGACUGAUUCCGGCAGCCUUCGGGGAACCACGGACAGCCUGGCAGACGGAGAGAGCUCUUUCGGCUCGGACUCCGAGAUCAACGGCUUCGCCAACACCGAUAAAUACGGAUUUACUGGGGGGUCACAGCAGAGCUCCGGGGACUCGGCCCAGGACAUCCCCCCUGAGGUGCUCCGCCAGCGUGAGCUUAAGUGGCUGGACAUGCUGAACCACUGGGACACAUGGAUGCAGAAGAGGAACAAGAAGGUGAAGCUCCGCUGUCAGAAGGGCAUCCCACCCUCGCUACGGGGCCGCGCUUGGCUCUACUUGUCUGGGGCCAAAGUCAAGAAGGAGCAGAACAAGGGAAAAUUUGAGGAGCUGGACGCACAGCCCGGGGACCCUAAAUGGAUGGAUGUGAUUGAGAAGGACCUGCACCGACAGUUCCCCUUCCAUGAGAUGUUCAUGUCCAGGGGCGGCCAUGGCCAGAAGGACCUGUACCGCGUGCUAAAGGCCUACACAAUAUACCAGCCAGAGGAGGGCUACUGCCAGGCCCAGGCACCCAUCGCCGCUGUGCUGCUCAUGCACCUGCCUGCCGAGGAUGCCUUCUGGGGCCUCGUUCAGAUCUGUGAGAAGUUCCUCCCUGGAUACUACAGUGCGGGGCUGGAGGCGAUCCAGCUGGAUGGGGAGAUCCUGUUUUCCUUGCUGCGGCAUGUCUCGCCCCAAGCCUACCGGCACCUGGAGAAACACGAGAUCACUCCUGUCCUGUACAUGACGGAGUGGUUCAUGUGUGCCUUCUCCCGCACGCUGCCCUGGGCGUCUGUACUGCGCGUCUGGGACAUGUUCUUCUGCGAGGGUGUGAAGAUCAUUUUCCGAGUAGGUCUGGUGCUGCUGAAGAAAAUGCUGGGCUCACAGGAGAAGCGGAAGUCGUGCCAGGGGCAGUAUGAGACCAUCGAGAGACUGCGUGCCAUUGACCCUCACUACAUGCAGGAGGCCGUCCUCGUGCGGGAGGUCCUGGAAGUGUCCCUGUCAGAACAGGAUAUCGAGAAAGAACAUCAGGCUCAGCUGAAGCGCUGGAAGGAAAUCCGAGGUGAGCUGAAGUACAAGAGCCCUCCCAGGAUGCACGGCGCCUGGGCCAUCAUGGCCGCCGAGCCGCCCAGCCAGCAGGACCUGCAGCAGACACCCACCAUCAUACAGCCGCCGCAGGAUGACAAGGAAGUCCCAAAGCAGAAGGACAACAAGAAGAAGGCCAGCCUGAGGAAGAAGAAGACUCCAAAGGAGAUCCCUAACCCGUAUGCCCUGCCCAGCGAUCCCGAGCCGCUCCUCAAAGUCUCUGCCCUUCAGGAGUCUAACUUGAGCGUCAGCAGUGCAGAGCAGGAUACAUACCUGUAGUGUGGCUGGAUUGGGGGAAGUGCUCUUGGACUGUCUAGGCCAGGGGUCUCCAACUCCAGUCCUGGAGAGCUACUGUCCAGUAGGUUUUCUGUCCUACCUGGCUAAUGAUGAUGAGUCAUACCUGCUCUCAGGUAAAUACCAGGAUCAGGUGUGGUUCACCAUAAGCCAGGUAGGAUAGAAAACCUAUUGGACAGUAGCUCUCCUGGACUGGAGUUGGAGACCCCUGGUCUAGGCACACCUGGGGAAGUGCUUCACGCUUUUCCCCUCUUCCUUUCUCCCCUGUAUUGCGAUGGUUGUCUGACAUGAGCGAUGCUGGGUUUCUGUCAUCACUGUCUCACACUGCAGAGGUGAACUCCAGGCUUAUGUAUUACCCCUAAUUUUUCUGCUCUGUGACGGGGGGGGGGGGUCCCUAAACCACUCUGAUUAACUAAUGGAUACCACUCUCAUCAGCACCCAUUUUGUUCAUUGGGAUUCUAACGACUAUUUGUGGAGGUAUGAAACUUUUUGUAAAGAUUUUUGUGGUUUAUCCAUAUAUGUAGAUUGCAAAUGUUUAGGUUUUUUAUAAAGCAUAUAGGGUUUCCCUGGAUAUAUCAGACUCUGACUUGGGAAGUGAGCGAAGACUGUGUCAAGCAGUUUUUUAAGCCUUUUUUAUUACUAAAAAACCCCAGAUGGCUAAAACUGAACUUUUGUAGAGUCACAUGGCAGUGAUGCCGAUACUCAUUGCUAAGGGCUUUUCUUUCAUGUUGGAAGGGGCUCAAUAAGCAAACAUUUUUCAAAGGUGUAAGUGAGAUUCCCACAUUCACUGACAGAAACCCAGCUGGAAUAUGCACCAUUUCUUUAAGCUGGAACCGUACUAACACUGUGUCUGAAAUGUACAUUCCAUGUUUGAAGCCAAAGGCAUAUCAAUCUGCUCCCUUUCACUUCAGCUGCAGAUGGGGCAGCUGAUGACUGCUGGAAUUAAAAAGCACCAAAUGUGCAUUUUAUUUUUCCUUGGUUUACAAUGAAAACAAUAGCUGUACUGAAACAAAUGCCCAUCUUGCAUGUCUGAGAGUCCACAGGGUGGCGCCGGCAGCCUUGCCACCACUUGCCUGGGGUAUGAUGACAUGCAGGGGCUCAUGGGAACUGUAGUCUGGCAGAGAUAUAAUUAUCAUGUUAAACAUUUGUGUAAAUGAUCUUGUUUUUCAUUUAUGGUUUUUCAUUUGUAUUCAAACCAUUCGUUACCUUAUAAGCAAAGAUAGCAGAGAUUAGGUUUAUCGAUCAUUUUAUUUCUGUUGGGUAUUUGUCCAAAUUCCAGUAAAUGUCAAUUUGAGGUUAUCCAGCAGUCUUAUGAUGGUAAAUGGGAACAGUAACUGUGUGUUUGUGUGUCUGUGUGUGUGUGUGUGUGUGUGUGUGUGUGUGUGUGUGUGUGUGUGUGUGUGUGUGUUUAUAUCUGUGUGUGUGUGUGGGUGUGUAUUACAUAAUACACACACAAUACUGUAUGGGUCUGCUUUGCCACUGUAUAUAAAUGGAUGCCUGAUAUGGCUAACUGGAAAACAAGAUUAGAACACUAUAGAUUUAUAUGUCAGAUACGUUUGUAGAAACUUCACCUUGUUUGGGAAUAUUACUCUACUGCUUUGGAAACGCCCUUUAAAGUGGCCACACAAUAUCGUAGAGAAAUGUGAGGAAAGAGUAACCUUGUUAACCUUCUGCUAUAAGCACAAUUACAGAAUGUCUUUUAAAAUGCACUUACCACAGAUGGGUAAUAGCAGGUUUGUUAAAUAUAUCAAUUAUGAAUAAAGGGGAGUACAAGUCAGCUCAGAAGACUGCGACAUUAUACUGGUAACACAAAAUUUGAUGACAGGAGCAGUUCAGACUGGAAACCUGCAGAGCCAAACGCCACAUGACACAUGCCUGCUCUUCAGAUUUUCAUUUAGGAAUUUUGCAGCUCUGUUUUAGUAAGGUUUGUGCUUCUGCAGAUGAUAAUCUUCAGUGAGCUGAACAUACUGUGUUCUCCCAGCCCCUGUCCUCCUCCUCCUGCUCAUUCAGUUCAUGAAGGAGGAGUCCUCUCAAGGGCUCAUCAAUGAAAACGUGUUAACAUUCCUUAAGAUACUAAAUAAGGUCUAGCAGCUAGAUCUUAUUUUAGUCUCUUGUGUGCCAAGGUCUGAAUUUAUAUGUAUUGUUUACUUCCAUACUGAGCAAUGUACAAUAAACACAUUUGCACAGAA